GAUUCUUGGUUUUGGCGUUUUCGGCUCAUUUGUUGUUUCUACAAAAAAAAAAUACCCAAAAGAAAGUUUUGAUUUUUCGGAUCUGGGUAUUUCCCCAAUCUUGCCCUGCUUCUACGAUCAUUUCUGGGUAGUUUGCUCUAGGUUUCUGUUGUCGUUCUUCCUCUUAUCCUCUUCCUUGUUAGACAUUUAGGUUCCGGGUCUUUCUCGCUCUUGCUCUAGCCCCAGCGCCAUGGAUUUCAGGGUCUCGGUUCUACUCCUCUGCGCCGCCGCCGUAUCGUCCCUCCGAUUUGCUUCAUCCUCGCCGGAACUUGGCGUUUGCCAACCUGAAUUCGUGGUGUUUCGGUGCGGUCUCGAGGCGAAAUGCCCUCGUUCUCUGUAUCCAAAUCCUCCUCUUGAGGUGGAUGGAGACACCCUGGACAGAAUAAUGGACGCGAAACACGGAAAUGGUUACACAGCUGUGCUCUUUUAUGCUUCCUGGUGCCCGUUUUCACGUGCUAUACGACCUAAAUUUGAUGCUCUGGCGUCAAUGUUUCCCCAAAUACAGCAUAUGGUUCUGGAGCAUUCUCUAGCGCUACCAUCUGUCUUUUCUAGGUAUGGUGUCCAUAGCUUGCCUUCAAUCUUGAUGGUUAAGCAAACAUCGAAGGUGCGACACCGUGGUAAAAAGGAUCUUGCUUCAUUGGUUCAGUUCUACAAGAAAACAACAGGACUCCACCCUAUCCAAUAUGUGGCAGAAGGGGAGCAAACAAGUUUAGAUUCAGACAGUGGGAUGAUCGCAUGGUUAAGUAGUAGUGGAUCAUCUAGGAGAGAGAUUGUGGCAAGAGAGCCGUACUUGGUAUUAGCAAUGCUGUUCCUCUUGUUAAAGCUGGCAAUCAUGGUCACCCCCAGAGUGCUGCUCCGCAUGAAAGCGUUAUGGGCAUCUCACGUCCCUCGGCUUAACUUGGGAAUGAUGGGAGACAACACUUGUCAGCUGUUUGGACGUGCCCUUCACAUGAUCGAUGUGAGGAGGAUAUGGAUGAGGCUUAGACUCACCAAAACCAGAAACUUCCAUGAGAGGGCUCAGGUUUGGGCUUCUUCUCUUGCUUCCGUUUCUCUUGGAAAAUCUUCCUCUUCUCAAGGUUGAAGAAUUCUCUCUUAAUCACUUGCUUCAAUGUAGAAAAAAAAGGAGAUAAAAAAAUGCCAGGUGGGUUACUUUCAGUAUCUCUCUCUCUCUCUCUCUCUCUCUCUGUAUGCCUGUCUGUAUGAGUCAAUUGGCAUUGAGGAAGCUUGUAAAUGCAAGAACCGUUUGCUCCUGUCUGUGAAUAUUGUUUUUUUUUUUCCUCUUUCUAGUGUUUUUGGUUUUGCCACGCAACUUUUUGUUUUUUGUAUACGUUGAAGAGGUACGAGCUUUGUUGAUUUUUUUUUUUUUG